CGAGGACUAGCUGCCGUUCCGCGCCUCACCGGCACUCGCAUCUGCGUCAUCUGGCGCUCCGCUCCCCGGGGCUCCUGCGCUGAAAACAUCAGAAGAAAGCUGAGGUUGCAAGCUACAACGUGACACUAAAUUCCUCAUGUAUUUUUAGUACAAAACCAAAACAGAUAGAAGAGGAACAAAUUGAGAAGUUAACUAACAACAUGAAAUUGCUCAUCUGCCUCACAGUAACUCUGGGCACACUUGUCACGGGACUAGAUGCUGUUCACAGCAAGAAGCUCUACAAGAUGUCAUAUCAACACAGAUUAUAUCACAAGGAAUGCCAUUGUUUGAACGGAGGAACCUGCAUUACCUAUUACCUUUUCAGUGGAAUUUAUCGUUGUAUAUGCCCAGAAGGUUACACUGGGAUUCACUGUGAACUGGACACUGACAGCACAUGUUAUAAUGAGAAUGGUGAGGACUACAGAGGAAUGGCAACAGACGAUGAAUGUCUACCAUGGGACCUUCCAUCUGUAAUCAGGAGAGACCGUUACCAUGCUCACUUGAAGAAUGCUUUGCAGCUUGGGCUGGGCAAAUACAGCUACUGCAGAAACCCAAAUGGAAGAAGCAGACCCUGGUGUUACACCAAAAAGGGUUUCACCAUUCGAGAAACACCCUGCAACAUAGAGAAGUGUGGGCGUGCAUGUGGUCAAAGGAGCAUCAGCAAGUACUUCAAGAUUGUUGGUGGAAGUCAGGCAGAGGUUGAGUCUCAGCCAUGGCUAGCUGGUAUCUUCCAAAACAUCAGGGGCGUUGAUCACUUUCUGUGUGGUGGCAGCCUCAUUGACCCUUGCUGGGUGCUUACAGCAGCACACUGUUUCCAUAAUCCGUCAAAAAAGCCACAAAACAAAUCCAUCUAUAAAGUCUUCCUUGGGAAGUCCGUUCUGAAUGUCACUGAUGAUAAGGAACAAGUAUUCAUGGUUGAUGAUGUCAUCUCUCAUCCUGACUUUACAGAUGACACAGGUGGCAAUGAGAAUGAUAUUGCCUUGUUAAGGAUAAGAACAACUUCUGGACACUGUGCAGUAGAAUCUAAAUACGUCAGAACUGUCUGCUUGCCUGAGAAGAGUCUUUACUUACAAGACCAUACCCGAUGUGAAAUAGCUGGCUAUGGGAAACAGGAUUUUUAUGACAUCUUCUACGCUCAAAGACUGAUGUCAGCCACUGUAAACUUAAUAUCACAGAGAAAAUGCAAAUAUGAAUAUUAUGAUGAUAUCAGAGUUACUGACAACAUGGUCUGCGCUGGAGAUCCCACAUGGAUGACUGACGCAUGCAAGGGAGACUCUGGUGGUCCCUUGGUCUGUGAGCACAAUGGCAGGAUGAUGCUUUAUGGGAUUGUCAGCUGGGGAGAUGGCUGUGCAAAGAAAAACAAGCCUGGUGUUUACACCAGAGUUACUCAAUACCUUAACUGGAUUGACUCCAACAUGAAUGCAGUAAUUGCCAAGAGUCGUUUUCUUCCUGAACCAAAGUGACCUUUUUCCUACAGCUGGGCUCAAAUGAAAAAAGUUAAGCUCAUAAUGGUCCCAGGAUACUGAAGUCCAGAAAGUAAUGAGAAGCUUUCCUAUUAAAUGCUCUCAUGAUUCAUGUCAGUGUUCCUGAGGCAGAGAGAUGGUUGACACAUUUUCUUACUACUCUGAAUUAUCUGAAAACCACUCAGUGGGAAGAUAAACUAUUUAACAUUUGAAUGAGUCUUCUCAUGCAUGAUACUGUGCAUAUCAAGUUAUCUGUCAACUCCACUUAUGAACCAGCAUUUGGUCUGAAAGUAUUGGUGCAGUUGUAACUUGACUCAUGUAUUCAUUUAAUACAUGGCCAGAGUCUGAAAUCCUUAUCACAUGGAAUAGUCCUAAAACUCCUGUCCUAGAAAACAAACCUGCUAAGAUCAGUACUGAAGGUGGCGAUGCUUUGCAUCAGAAAGUGAAGAAUUACAUCAGCACUUACCACUGUGAAGAAGCACUGAAGUCUAAUCAAACUGAUGCAACACUUAGUGUAAAUGGUUCAAUGCUAGGGACUCAGCAUUUAGCAAGACUUUAAGGAUGGCACAUGUAGCUGUGUCAUAACUACAGGCUAAUGUAAUUCACUUAAACUGUGCUUCAAGAAGCCAAACUGGAAAUCGUCUUUCGAGGUCAAAUCUGAAGGUGUUUGGGUCCCCUGGAAAAUCAGACUAUGAAACAUUUCUGACUUGUAUGCAUGCAUCCAGGAGAGGGCACCCAUUGAAUGAUGCAGAUGUCAAAAGUCAGAACUUAAUUUCCAUUUAUCUGAUAUUAUGGGAACUACUCUUUUUUUUUACUUUUAAACCUGUAUUUGUUUUACAGGUUUGAAUUAUUUGUAUGAGGGCUGGAACCUCAAGCUUUAUUUAAUUAUUAUUACUGUUUAACUUAUUUGUAUCACGAAUGUUACAAUAUCAUUAAAAAAACCCUGUUCUUA